UCUCUCUCUCUCUCUCCCUCUCCCUCUGUAUGUAAGGAUGUAAAGAUGGCAUCACCUACGCCGUUGCCUAUCCACACAUUGACUCGCUCCACAGAGACAGCAGUGGCGAUCGAUGUGAAAUGGAAGUGAGAGAGAGAUCUGAGGGAGCAAACAGAAGAGACGCUUCCAGCCUCCGCACAUCCGGCGUGUUAACGGAGCCGUCACAAUUACAAGGAUAAGAGACUUAAAACAGAGGGGUAGGGAGUGAAUUCGGGAGAAAAAAAGAGGUCGGGGAAGAUUUUGCGCAGUCCUCCAUACGGAGGGGAGAGGAGAAAGAUGAGUGAGCAGAGUAUUUGCCAGGCCCGUGCCUCUGUGAUGGUCUAUGAUGACACCAGCAAGAAGUGGGUGCCCAUCAAACCAGGCCAACAAGGCUUCAGUCGCAUCAAUAUCUACCACAACACUGCCAACAGCACCUUCCGUGUGGUGGGGGUCAAACUACAGGAUCAGCAGGUUGUCAUUAACUACUCUAUUGUAAAGGGGUUGAAGUAUAAUCAGGCCACGCCAACAUUUCACCAAUGGCGUGAUGCCAGGCAAGUGUAUGGACUCAAUUUUGCCACUAAGGAGGAGGCCACCACAUUCUCCAAUGCCAUGCUGUUUGCCCUCAAUGUGCUCAGCACUCAGGAUGGAGGUCCAGCAGUUCAGCGGCAUGUACAGAACGGCCCCACAGCAGAAGAACUGGAGGUGCAGAGAAGGCAGAUGGAAAUGCAGCAACAGCAGCAGCAGCAAAUGCAGGCACAUAUUGAAAGAGAGCGACGCUCCUCCAACUCAGGCUCCCCGUUUCAGGGACAUCCCGCAGUGCUCUCAGUGGCACCUCCAAGUAUAUUGCCACCAGUCAUGUCAGUUGGAGGCCCAUGCCCACCUCCACCUCCUCCUCCUGCACCUCCUGGGCCUCCGCCUUCAGCAGCAGGAGCCCCUCCCCCUCCUCCACCCCCUUUACCUCUAGGUGGAGGUGGGUAUGGAGCUCAUCAUCAUCAUCACGAGGAUGCGCACGCAGCCACUGGCCUCGCUGCCAUGAUCGCCGGGGCCAAACUGCGCAGAGUGCAGAGGCCUGACGAGAGUUCAGGAGCCAAAAACGAUGCCAAUCGGACGAGCGGAGGGAGUGGGGGCCUGAUGGAGGAGAUGAAUGCCCUGCUGGCACGGAGACGAAAAGUGGUCGACCAGUCAGAGAAAGAUGGAGACUGCCAAAAUGAUGAUGCAAAUUCUUCUCCAAUGUCUAGAGGACAGAAUGCAGAUGGUGCAAAGAAGCCGUGGGAUCGAGCCAACUCCGCAGAGAGAUCAUCACUGGUCUCAAGAGUUCGACCCGUGGGCAGUAGCACUGACACAGACUCCUUAGACUUGGAUAGAAUGAAACAAGAAAUCUUAGAAGAAGUUGUUCGUGAAUUGCACAAGGUGAAAGAUGAAAUCAUUGAUGCCAUUAGACAUGAACUUAGUAGAAUUAGCACGACAUAGUCUCCCAGCCUCAUGUGACCCCUCUUUUAUGAGCCCCGACCCCUGGCAGGAACUGCUGUAGCUGAAGAGGGGACGACAUCCAGCAACGUUACCGCCAUGUUAAAGCAAAUGUUUCAGUUUGCUCUAAUAUGUACUCAACAUUGUGGUACCCCUCAGAUGUAAAAACAGAUGGAAGACAUUUGCACUGACUUCUCUGUUUUCUGGUUUAAAUUUAUAUUUGGCAAUGACCUUUUCAAGUCUUUAAUAUCUUUAUAGGAAUUUCUUCUGUUUCGUCCCUUUUUUUGGAUUGCUUUUAUUAUUAUUUAUUAUUAUUAUUAUUAUUAUUAUUAUUACUGGUAGUAGUGAGUAUUUAGGUGGUAGUAGGUAUUUAUUUAGUGCUUUAAUAAUAAUAAUAAUAAUAAUAAUAAUAAUAAUAAUAAUAAUAGACUGAACAUUGCCCAUGUUCAUGUGUCAGCCUUUUAUAUUGUUUAACUUUUAUUUUCCUUUGUUUGUGUUAUUUGUUUCUCACCAUGAUUUUGUAAAAAUCUUUUUUAAAGUACUUUUGGCAACACAGAUGUGUAACCACUGACAGGAAGGUGGAACAUGACACUGGGGGUCAGGAGAUAAACUUUCUUUUUGGAUAUUACGCUCUUACAAGAAAAAAAAUCACUACACCAGAGUAUUUGUGAUCAUGUUGUUAAUAAAAUGUUUAUUGGCUAAAAGGGUCCAGUAAAGAUAGUUUGUUUUGAAAUUUCCCCUUUUCUGACGGUGUUUUAAAGUACAUGAAAUAAAAUUGAGAAAAUGUCUUGCAUAAAUUAGGUGGUAUGAUUAAUUUGAGAGAUUUGUACAGGAAUAUUCACUUCAAGCACAUCCUCUAGAAGUCAUAAUCAAUCAUAAGUUAUCAAUAUUCUAUUUUAUACUUAAUUAAUAAAACAAGAUUU